AUGUUCCAGAGAUACGGACUGGUGCUGUGGGAUGAGGUCGCAGAGCUUGUUUCAAAAGACUUCCCCGAUGUAAAAUGGGACAAGAUGCUUGUCGAUGCGAUGACCGUUCGAAUGGUCACCAAACCCAAAUCCCUCGAUACUAUCGUGACCACCAACCUCCACGGAGAUAUCCUUUCCGACCUCGCAGCAGGUGUAUCGGGCUCCAUCGGUAUUGCUCAUUCCUCCUCCCUUGACCCUACACGAAAAUCCCCUUCGUUAUUCGAACCGGUUCAUGGCGCAGCAUUUGACAUCAUGGGAAAGAAUCUGGCCAACCCAAUCGCCGCUAUCAUGUCCGCAGCAGAGAUGCUCAGAUGGCUUGGUGAGGAGAAAGCCGCUGAGAUCGUGGAGAAGGCCUGUAAGACAAGUAUCGAGAACGGCCAGACUACAGGUGAUCUUGGUGGCAAGUUGAAGACUAGCGAAGUAACGGAUGUUGUCAUCAAGCUUAUUGAGACCCUGUAG